AUGACAGACGCUGGCUUCUUCAAGGGUACAAGUGCUGAGCAAGAUGCCAGGUUCGCUGAUAAAAAGAAAAAGUUAAUGAAAACUAUGAAAUUCGGAGAAAACUUGGCUCAAAAGGUUGACAUGUCCAAAAUUAAUUUGGAGUCUAUAAGACCAUGGAUUGUUAAACGUAUAACAGAGCUUUUAAACUUUGAGGAUGAGGUCGUCUGUGACUACAUUUUCAACCAACUGGAGGAGCGCCAUCCAGACCCAAAGGAAAUCCAGAUUAAUAUAACGGGAUUUUUAAACAGCAAAAAUGCGAGGGUGUUUUUGUCCGAACUAUGGGAUUUAUUGUUAUCUGCCAUGCAGACACCGGAUGGCGUUCCUGCAGCUUUUCUGGAGGCCAAGAAAGAAGAGAUCGCAAAGCGUCAGGAGGACGAAAAAUUUGUUCUCGAAAUGAGAAAGAGGGAAAAUGAGCUAAUUCAGAAAGGAACUAAUCGAACGUCUAACAUGAGUUCCGAACAAAUAGAUAAUCAGAAGCGCGUUUCGUCUGUCAAAAGCAAUGGAGUAGCAGAAUCUGAAGAGCCGGAAACUUUUACCAAUCGCAACCGUUCUACUUCACGAACAGCAUCACCAGCCCCUCAACCACCUGCAACUACUACAGAAAGUCGUGAGAAACUCGAUGGAGCAACUAGUCGAACUGCUCAUCGAGAUGAAACGAGUUCGUCGCGUUCCCCUGAACAACACCGUCGCCGUCGUCAUCAUCACCACUCUCCUGAGAGAUGUCCGGUCGACACAAGACGCCAUAGAUCACAUUCACGCACUCGUCAUCGUCGUCAGCGUUCCAAAUCUCGCUCCAAGCUGGUGCAAAAGCCGAAAUCACCUGUCACUGACUGGAGAAAAGACUUGAUGGCCGGUAGACGUCGCAGUCCACCGGAAAUGCCUGAAAGUAGUUAUUAUGGAAACGAAAAACGUUCAAAAGGCCAUAAGCAUUCCAAAAAACACGAUAAACAAAGACAUGGUAACAGUCAUUCACACAAAUCUCACAAAAGGUCUCCGUCUCACAACGCAGACUAUUAUCGACCUCGCAAGCAUACUCAUAAUUCUGGAUCCCGACACCAUAACAUAGUCGAAGUUAACGAGAGAGAUCAAAGAUCAGGUUGUUUAGAACAAUCAAGAAAAGAUGGUUUUGCUGAAAACUACAGAAAAUAUGAAGGUCCUGACCUACCUUCUCAUUAUGAUUAUCGUUCGUCUAGUAGAUACAGACAUGAUGCUGAAUCACACGGUCGCAACGCAAGCCCAGAACCAAGCCGCGCGCGCGAUAGAGAAUCUGAUUGGCAUCUCAGAGAUCAUGAUCACCGACAUAGUCACCACUCUAGUCACAUAAAAAGAAGAGAAACCUCAUCUGGACACGAAAAUUUAUCCUUUGAAAGACGCCAGUAUCACCGUCUACCGAGUCCUGAAGGGCCGUCAUUGCCCCCAAAUAUUUCCAAAAGACCUUCAGAUUCUAGGAUAAUCGAAGGAGUCCCCAGUAAGCGUACAAAACGUGAGGCAUCUGCUUCGUCAAGCAGCUCAUCAACCAGCAGCAGCAGCUCUAGUAGUAGUGGUAGUAGUAGUAGUAGUAGUAGUGGAAGCUCCAGUAGCAAUGAAAGCGAAAGCGAAGGAAAUGGAGAAGAAUCUAGAAGGCCACAAAUUAAAAUCCCAAAGAAAGAACCCACCCAUGAAGGUCCUGCUCUCCCUCCAGAGCUGGAGGUAUCUCAACCUGAAGGUCCUGCUCUUCCUCCGGAUGUUGAACUCGCCGUAGAGUGGUCGGAAAACCCAGCCCAUUCUGGAUCUACAUCCCCAAGUUCGACAACUUCAGGAUCUUCUACUGGUGACGAACACAGUGAGGAAUCGGGAUCAAGUUCAAGUGAUAGUGACAGUGGCAGCAGUAGUAGUAGUGGUACCGGUAGUAGCAGUAGCAGUGAAAGUGAUAAUGAAGCCAACACGAAACCUCAUAAAUCUGAAAGAAACGGUAAACACCCUAAAAGUCUUGGAAAUCAUAUGUCUCCUGAAGGUCCUGCUUUACCUCCUACCUCUAGCUCUAAUUCACAUAAGAGGAUUGACCCCCAUGAAUCAGUUGAAGAGGUUUUACGUCGACGGGCUUUGGAGUCUUUACUUCGGAGCUCACAAAAACUCCGCAGUUCUCCUUAG